CCAGCAUUAAUAUUGAAACUUCGGUUGGCCCUAUGGAAGGAAUAUUCCAGACACUACAUUAUUUUACAAAUUGUUUUAAUACAAUGAUUUUUCGAUGUGCCAUGUGUAACAAUAAAUUAUCCAAUAUUGUUAUGAUAGAUCAAUGUGAAAGAUGUUACUUAAAAUUUAGGAAUUUAAGAACACGAGGCCAAUUACAAGAUUCAGAUUUGUUAACUACUUGUUUCAUUUAUAAUUUGGAAAAAAAUGAGCUAACACACUCAUGCGUGUCAGGUUAAAAGCAUGUGGUAACACCAAACGAAUUAUUGGCGAUAUUUAUUAAGCUGAAUGAUUGUAACAUUGUCCAUAGAACAAUGAAGCCGUUAUCAGGAAUUAUGUUAUUUGUAUUAAUCCCCACAACCUAUGGACUCAUUGGAUUCGAUUGUGGAGGUCAGCAUUUAAAUGUAACCACAGUAUCAUUGCUAGGUGUCAGAGACUGUGAACUUAAGCACCAAUCGUUAAUUACAUCUGACACACACAUUCAGUUACUACAACUCGCGGAAUAUAAUUACGUGGAAGUGAUACAGUGCAAAGUUGAAAUAUCGCGAGUGAUACAAUACUGUGGAAUGCAUUCGCAUAUAUCAGCUGUAGCCAAUGCACGACUAGAGUACCUACAGGAAGUUUCCAGAGUCAAGUGCUACCACGCUUUUCAGGAAGGGACCUUCUCCAUAGGACUGGGAGGGAUCGUCACCAAACUGAAGCCUAAUACUACCACCGUUCACAGCAUCCUGCUUGCCGGAACGAUAAACCAUGAUGGAACCUGCAAGGGUACACAAUUCUCCGACCCUUACGGGACUUGGCACAACGUCGUAGUUGAUGGAACUGUACGGAUAUCAUUAAAGUCAUCCUAUGUUCCUGUGCACCUAAAUUCUGGAAAAGUAAUGCUAAGAUCAGGAACUGUCUGCACACUGAGCGACGGUUUUUGCAUCGAUUUUGACGAUGGAUAUUCAUAUUGGAAACCAAUGCCCACAUCGUCUUGUAAUUUCCACCAGUACAACGUACUGUAUGAAGGAACGGCAGUUAAAAUGAAUGGAAUAAUGGAUACCAUUCAUCAGACUAUUUAUACUCUUGUCAGUCAGGAUACAACUUUUGCCUUGACAGCAGGAGGAAGUCAAGCCGUGUGUGGAUACACCCUACUCACCACGGAGCAUCCUAAACUAUUUAUCUUGGAGGCAGAAAAGGGAAACACCUUCGCGGAGCGAAGAGACAUCCCUGUGGAGAACCUCGAUAUUUUCACCUACGUCAACUCUAAAUUCGUGUACGUAGAAAAACAUAUACGACAUCAGAUGACAUCGUUGUAUCGUGACGUUAUUCAACAACGUUGCGAGUUGGAAAAGGAAGUGUUAAAAAACACACUGUCCUUCGCUACUCUUCAGCCAGACGAAUUCGCUUAUCGGCUCAUGAAAGGACCAGGUUACAUGGCCGUCACUGCAGGGGAAGCCGUUCAUGUCAUCAAGUGUAUACCAGUGGACGUCAUCGUACGCCGCACUAAGGAAUGUUAUAUUGAGCUACCGGUUACAGUACGCAACACUUCCCUCUUUAUCACACCAAAAUCACACGUGUUGACCAAGAUGGGAACCAUACGAGAGUGUAGCUACGAAUUGCCAACCCUUUAUCGAAUUGAGGAUACAUGGAUUGAACUUAUUCCGGAGCCACGUGUUCGCAGAACAUCGUUGCAGCAGUUACAACCUAUGACAAGUAUGUCAUGGAAUUAUUUAACGCCGGGACCACUAGCUUCCAGCGGAAUAUAUUCCCAGGCGGAUCUUGAUAAAAUCAGGGAUCAUAUAAUGUUCCCUGCUGAAAAGCCAGCGUACUUAACAGCAUGGCUCGUGGAAUCACCGGACACGUCAUGCCUGACGAUACCAUGUCCAUUUACAACUUAUUGGAUGAAGCAUCAUUAA